ACAGAACUGUCGUUUCUCGUUUCCAUUUGUGUCAAAAUUUACAAAUGUGUACAUUGACAAGCGGUUUGUUUUUAGUGAAAUAAAAAGUUAUUUUAUCAUUUAAUACAUCAUUUUUGGUGUUAAAAACAAUAAUUUUCUUCAAUAAUGGAUGAAUCUGAGGAGAGUAACGUGGAAGACUCUAAUAAAACAGAUAAAGUGAUUAAAAGUAACAGUGAAGUGGAAAAUGAAGAAAAAACUUUAUCUGUGCCAAAUAAGGACGAUGCUGAUGAAGAACAUGUGUCCGAAAGUUCAAUUAGUGAGCAUAUAACAUCCACAAAUGGUAGUGUUGAAAAUGACCGAUCUCUACAAGAAAUUGAAAUACAGAACCACAGUGCCUUGGAAAACGUUGAGUCGGCAGAGUUAUUGCCAGAUUCUGAUGGUAAUUUAUUUUCAAAUAGUUUCAGUGCCGAUGGCAAUGAGUUCCUUGAAAAUUUGGGAAUUUCUCAAACAAAUGAUAAUAAAAUUAACGAGCCUAAAAACUCCAAGAGUAUUUUAGAGGAACUUUUAGUGAAUUCCCAAAUAGAAAGAGACAAUGAACAAAGCAAAGAAGAAAGUUUUAACAUGUUUGCAAACGUAGAUUUUAGUGAUAAAAGUUUAUUAAACUCCCCUAGUUUAAAUGACAGAGUAUUAAACAUAGAACUUACAGAAAAUAAACCCGAUAAUGAUGUUAAUGUUGACAUUGAGAAAAGAGUUAGACAAUUAGAAGAAAUUGUGGCUGUGAAAGACUCAACGAUUAAUGCAAUAUCACAGGAAUUAGAUUCUUUUAGAGAAAUGAGCAACCCUACUUACACAUUAAGUAUGCUAUCAGCGACAGAAUACAAGCAUUUGCAAGAAGAAUGUCAAGCUAAGUUACUGGAAUAUAAUAGUGCCAUAAUUUAUAAAAAUGAUCUAAUUCAGCAGUUAAGCGAAUCUUUAGAUCAGUCUGUAUCAGAAAGAAAAGAAUUGCUCAACCAAGUAGAAUUGUUUAAAGAAGAAAUUGCUCAAUUACAGACAAAACUUCAAGAAACUGCAAUAAUGGUUAAAGAACACCAAUGUGCUGUACCCCAAAGUGAUAAAAUAGAUAAGACAGAUAAUGUUACAGCACCUGUUAAUUUAGAAGAUAGCUCAAGCAAUUGUGAUGAUGAUAUCAUUAUCAAAUUAAAGAAUGAAAUAUCAAAUUUAAAUGAAAAAAUACAACUUGACAAAGAUAACUAUGAAAAAGAAAUCAGCAGAUUAAGAGAAUUGCUAGAAAAUGUUAAAUGUGGAUCGACUGAGUUAACGGAACUAAAAGUCGAGCUAGAAAAUAAACAUACUAAAGAAGUUGAAGAAUUACGCACAUAUUUUGAAAAGAAAUGUGUUGAAUUGGAGAAAAAUUACUCCGAAGAAAUAUUCAGCCAGCAGAGUCGUAAAAUGUCAGAUUCCAGUUCAGAUGUUGAACUGAGCAAUGAUUUUCUGUUAUCGAACCAGCCUGGUCCAGGCGGCGACCACAGCAGAGUUAUAAAAUCAAAAGAAGACAUUGAAAAACUUAAAGAAAACUUAACAGGAUUUUUAAACAAGUUGUCGAAACAUUCAUUGGAAGAAUUGAGUGAUAAGGAUGUGUCGAAAAUCGAACUGGAAGUGAAAAACGAACUAAAUUUAUUAUUGAGAAUAGGUGAAAAGUUGGAGAUUAAAGCAAUUGGAAACAAGUAUUUAGAAGAAAUAUCUAAUUUGAAAUUUCAGUUGGAAGAAAGUAGGAAGGAUCAUGGUAAUAUGAGUAUUGGCUCGGUUAUUCAAGAAGUGGGAAGUUCUGGAGAUUUCGAAAUCAAUGAAGUAAUUGAAAGUUAUGAGAGAAGGUUACAAGAACAAGUCAAUCUAGCUAAGAUUGAUCUUGUUAACGAGCUAGUAGAGCAGAUUCAGAGGUUAGUUUCAAAUGCAGCGGAUGAAGAAGAGUGGCCAUCGGAGUUGCUACAACUACGCGACAGGUUUGUCGAAAAAUACGAGUCGGAAAUAAGGAUUUUGAAAGAGGAACACCAAAAAGAAAUUGCCAAUCUCAAAGGGGAGCAUUUGAAAUUACUGAAUGGGGCUAUUGAAAGGGCUCGUAGAAGAAGUCUGAAGGAUGAUGACAGUAUUAGCAAAAGUGAUACCGCGCUACUAAAAGAAAGAGAUAAUCUAAAGAAACAGGUUAUUUCUUUGAGAAACCUUCUCUCUGAACUUUUGAGAUACUUUACUCAAGCUGAGGAUGCGCUGAACAAUACUUUAGUGGAUGAACUUUUAAGGCAGGGUAUCGAUAAAAACUCGAGUAAUAUGGACGACGAAUUAAAUUUGGACACGUCCAGCGGUACGACUAAUUCUAGUAAGAUACUGGACAGUCUUACCAACGUGCCCAGGGUGCACUUAACCCCAAAUUUUAGCGAGCUCAUCAAUAUGAUCGAGCACCAAAGUCAGAAUAACGAUUCUUCGAUAGACAUUUCGGAGGAUCUGAAGAACGAGCUGGGGAUGUGUUUGGAUAAGCUGAGACAGGAAGCCAACGCUAUUUUGACCCUUACGACCAAUUUGCCUAGGGUUCAGCCUGUGGCAUCGCCCAGGAAUUCGGUGGAUGAUAAAUUGAAUUCGCUGUCGAAAAAAUUAAACUUUGAGACGCUAGAGAAUGAAAGGUUGAAACAGGAAUUGUCGGAAUCGAACGAUGCCAUUUUAACUUUGAUGGAGAAAAUUCGAAUUUUAGAAUCGGAAUUGGAGCAGGCUAAAUAUAAAAUUGCCGAAUUGGUGGAGGAUGGGAGGAGGGAAGUCGUGUCUGAGGGAUAUGGUGAAGAUGGAAGUAUUCCAUUGCCUGAAUUAGACGAUGCCAUAAGAACGCUCUCAGAUCUUCAAGAGAGAGCAAGAACAAUGAUGGCACAGUCCAGGGCUAGCAUUAAUCCAGACAUUUUCGAACUGAUAGAACAGUAUCACAGCGUGGGACUGAGGGUUAAACAAGGCACUAAAAGGGAGAAGAAUGACAUGAUACAACAGAUCGAGGCGGCCGAUAAAAAAUACAAAACGACGCAAAAGUUCCUCGAAGAGCAGGCUGUGGAACGCGAGCAGGAAAGAGACGAGGCUCAGAGGAAAAUCAACGAACUCUAUGAGCAGUUGAAAGAUAGAGAUAAAGACAGAGCUAACUAUCAAAUGAUGUCCAAGGAGCACCAUGUGAAGUUUGGCUGUAGAUCGCUAGAAGUAGAGGCUUAUAAAAAGGUCGAGCAGCUCGAACAUCAACUCCAAGGGCUAGCCAAACAGAUCCACAACGAACAGCACCGAUCCAAGGAGCUCGAACAAGAGCAGGAAGAGUCCUUGGAGAAAAUCAGAAUUCUUAGGGAGAUCAUUCGCGAUUUGGAGCAACAGAAUGACGAGAAAGAUCGCAAGAUCGAGCAGCAGCUGCGCAACGUGGAAAAACUCGAAUGUAUAGUUCAGGAACAUUUGGGUUCGGUCGAAUCGAAAUCUCCUAACUCCGCUUUGGGUGAUAUUUCAGAUAUACAGGGUCUGAGGCGGCACGUGGACGAGUUGGAACAGGAAGUGCAACAGCUCAGGAUCGGAGCGGAGUUGGCGGGAAGUGAAGGAGCUGUCAGACAGAUCAAAUUGCAGCUAUUUGAACUCGAAGUAAACUUGGACAAGAAAACCAGAGAAUUGGAAUUGUUACAUUCAACAGACGUCAAUAAUAGCUGCAGCACUCCAUCUGAAGACAUGUCAGUGAGAGAUUUAGUGAGACCUCAGACUCCAAACUCCAUCGCUAUGGACGAAUGCGAAGUACCCCUUCAGCAACUGGCUAGGCUGAAAGAAAAAUUAUUGAAGCACACCCGCGCCGAAGAAGCCGCUAUGAAACGCAUCAAAGACCUCGAUAUGCAAGUGAUCCAUCUUAAAAAUGAAACGGAGGAAGCUCAGAAUGAGAAGGAGUACAUGAAGCGACAGAUUCAAGAACAGCUGGUCCUGAUUAGUGACUUACAAAUCAGACUGGACCACCAGAGAAUCAAGGCAGAACAUAUAGAGAAACAAACCAAUACAUCGUUGGAGUCGAAAAUCUACGAUCUGCAAAACGAAAUCCUAACCCUACAGGAGAAACUAAGUAUGAAAGAUAAAGCACUUAAUUAUCAAGAACAAUUAGUUAAAGAAGCUCAGGAGCGGAUUAGGGAUUUAGAAACCGACAUCGCUUCUGCCAAAGACGAUGACAUGAUUGUAGAAAUGCAGAAGGAGCUGGAAACCCUCAGGCAGGAAAACCAUCAAAUGAAAGAAAGACUGUCCACCGAAAAUCAUAUUUUACCUAAUCUAGUUGAAAAUAUCAUAGCCGACAAAAACGCCGAUAUAGAAAUGUUGCGCAACAAGCUAAAGGACACCGAGAAGUGUUUAAAUAGUUUCACCUCGCUCAAUGUGGACAAAAACGACUUAAAAAUAUUGGAAAACCUCAAAAACUCGGGCGGGUCCAUUGAGAACCUAAUCUCUAUUUUAGAUUUGAGUCAACCGAUCGAUCAGAUAAGACGUAUGGAGAAUAGCAAACAAGACAGCUUGAGCGGACUGCAUCAGUUUUCGUUUAAAAAAAGUGCAAACGAUACCGAACUCAUAGAGCCUGAAAUUUCAUCCAUUGAGAGAAUUGGGCCGUCAAACUUGAACUAUACUGUAUCCGCACCUUUGGGUAAACCGAAUUCUACAGAACUAGGUCACAAAAAAGUUCAUUUUGAAGACCACGACGAUUUCCAGGAGGAAAUAAACCGAUUAACACAGACCAUAGAAAUGAAAGAUAAAACGAUAAGAGAAUAUGUAGCGAAAAUUAAGAUGUUUGAUGAGUUUGAAGAGAAAAUCCAGAAAUUACAGGAACAAUUAGACGAGACUGAACAAGCCUUGAAUAGUGCGACGAAAACUUUCGAAAAGGAACAGAACGAUGCCGAAGAAAGAGAACGAAUGUUGGGGGUGGAAUUGGCUGAGAAAAAGUUAAAACUAUCUGAAUUAGAAAAAGAAGUUCAAACCCUGAAAGAAGACUCUGUUAGGAAAGACGAGAUGUCCCUAGUACUGGCCAGAGACAAAAAAUCCCUUGAACAGAAGCUUAUGAGUUUGAAGAAAGAUAACUUUGAUAACAUCACCAAAGUAAUAGGCGAAAAGAAUGACAUAAUUGAGCAAAUGCAGAGUGAGAAAGAUGCGUUACUUGAAGACAUAGGGAAGACCCAAAGUGAUUUGAAAAUAAAUAAAGUGCAGGUUGACAACUUAUCUGGUUUAAUAGUGGAGCUAAAUCAAGCUAAAUCCGAGAUAGAGACAAACUUGUCUAAAAUAAGUAAAGAAAACGGCAAGUUACGAAAGGAACUUGGCAAUAAAAGUGCCUCAUUAGAAAAUGCUCUUAUUGAAGCGAAAAAUUGGAGAGAAGCUAACGAUAGCAGCGAAAAGGAACUAAAGAAAUUAAGAGACAAUUUAAAAGCUCACGAGGAUACUAUCAAGGAUCUGGAACAGAGUAUAAAGAAAAAAGACGCUUUAGUAUUAGAUAAAGACUGCGACAUAGAGAUACUGAACGAGGACAUGAAAUACUACCAAACACAGUUAACCGAGCUCGAAAAUAAAAUCAAGACUUUGGAGAAUCCAAUGAAGAAGGCCCAACUAGACCAAGAGCUGGCAAAAGUUUCCGAACUGACCAAGGAAGUAGCUCGUUUGCAGGAUCUAGUAAAAGAAAAGGAAAGAGUCAUCACUCAGAUGGCGGAGGAUCACAGUCAGGUCCAUUCGAAUUUGAAAGCUAUCGAUAAUAAAAUUAAAGAAACGGGUAAUAUAUUCGAUUUGUCGGGCAGGUUGAAGAGAGAACAGAAGAAGAACGCUGAACUGUUGGAAGAGAUUCACGCUCUGAAGGCGAAGUUGUUGAAUUAUGAGGUUCAGGAUUCUACGCCAGUUGACGACAUUACGGGACAGUUAAAGAAAGAAUUAGAGUGUGCUGCUCAGAUCGAUUCUAACAUCAUCAGUGCGGUUAGUGAUCAGAGCUUAUCCUCGAUUUCCGAGGGUCACGACGUAGAAGCCUUCAAGAAAUCUUUAACCAGACAAAAAUCCCAUAAUAAACAGCUUCUGAGAGACAACGACAAAUUGGAAAGAGAAAAAGUAGGGUUAGAGAAACUUUGUUACAAUUUACAGCAAAGGUUGAACGAAGUUCAAAUUCUCCUGGAAAAAGAAAGAAUGGUAACGAAAGAGACACAAUUAGAAGACGCAAAAUUAAUGGAACAAUUAAGAAUCAAACUAGACGCUACCUUAGACACCAAAGAAGAAUUGGAAAAAGUUCUCGCUGAAGAAAAACAUUGUAGACGGGCUCUGGAAAUUCAGAUCGAAGAACUGAAGAAAAUCGAAAGUCCUAGUUCUGAAUCUACCAAAUACAAACCGCCACCUACCACGGAUUUCUUUGAACUAAAUCGUCUACAAAGAGAACUUGAUGCGGUUAAGGAGGAAAAAUUACAAUUGGUCACGCAGAUUAAAUCUUUGAGACAGGAGAAUGAUCAGUUGGGCAACGAUGUUAAAUAUACCAAAGAAAUGUUAAAGCUUCUGGAGGAAAGGAACAGGGCUCAAGAGGAAAAGUUUAGAGUUCUAAGUGAGAAGGAAAAAGCUUUAACUGACGAGGUGAUAAGGAAAAAUUUCGAGCUGGAAGUUAAAGGAAGAGAAGUUGAAGAAAAGAAAAUUAAAAUGGAUGAACUGGAACAAGAGAAAGUUCUACUCAAAAAACAAAAGUCCGAUCUUUUAAGAGCUCUAAAAUCUCAAACUUCUCUGAUUCCAUCCCUGGAUACUGGUAUUCCUGAUGCCUUGGAAAGUGCAAUAAGGGAAUUAAAAGAGAAGAAUGAGGAAAAUAAAAGAAGAUUGGAGUACAUUGAGAAGAUAGAAAACGAAAAGAAGUACCUAGAGAAUCAACUGAGGAACGAGACAAUAAAUAAUGGAAAAAAUAAUAUGCCUUUCUCUGAUUUAGUUGCUAGGUGUGAUUAUUUGUUUUCUAAAGCACUGAAACUAGAAAGUGUAAGGAAGGCGUUGAUAUGGCAGAAGCGGUAUUUGGUUGACUAUUUGCAAAGUCACCAAAGGCAUUGUCUUGUAGCGGUGUUGCCGAACCAACCGCACGAAAAUUAUUGCAUGAGACAUCGGCAUACGCCUUUAGAGCAUUUUAGGUCGGCUGUCAUUGCGGUUAUAUCCAUACACAGAAUGAAGCUUUUGGUUAAGAGAUGGCAUAGCGGAAUAAGAAAAUCCGAGAGAAUAAAUAGUAGAUAUUAUGAACGUUCUAGACAGAGGUGUCCCUCGGAAACUACGGGACCCACCGCUGCUUACUUUCAUGUGGGACAGCCGGUUUCAAAUAACAACUUCACCUACAAGCCGACCACAAGGUCAAAUAAUCCAUUUGCUCAAGAAAUGGUCGCCACUGACAAUUCUAGGCCAGUAUCACCUUCGAGUGUACACUCUACAAAUAGAGACAUACCAUGGUCAGGAAACACGCCGCCGUCAAAAGAAAACGUGUUACCCAGAAACUUCUUUGUGGGGUCAAGUAGUUUAGCACAAAAUAACGUUCCCCUGAGGGCUCCACAACUUAUGGUACAGUACCAAGAAAGAUUUGAACAAAUCCAGGAAAAAUUGGGAGUGCCAUUCUCGCAACAAAGUGGGUUUUAGAAUAUAGAACAAUUUAAAGGUAUUAGAAAGCUGUGAAAAAUUCAAAAUGACAAUUAUUAAUAAGACUUUUACUGUAACUAGUCAUUUGUCCAAAGGAAUGUACUGAAUUUCUUAUAAGUUUGUAUUAUUUUAAGGAUCUACAUUGUUGUUUAGUUUUAUCCAUUGUUUUGAAUAUAUUGCUGUAAGUUUUUUUUCUCUCAAACAAGGUGCCUUAUAGAGCCAUCCAUAAAUUGUACAAAAUUAGAUCUUAUAUAUAUGAUAGUUGACUUUCUAUAUGAUAGAAUUUUAGUUAUUUUACCUCAGUUUUCCUUAUAAUAUUGAUAAGAAUAUUUUUUAAGUUUUUAAUUAUAAUUUAGUUUAGGUAAAUUUCUAGAUUAUAGAGAAUGGACGUUUUUUUUUGUA